CCGCGGUGCCCGGCGCGCCGCCCCUCGGAGGGGAGAGGGCAGCGGCGGCGGGACCCGAGCGCGGCGGCGGCGGCGGCGAGCAGCGCGGCUGCCCCGGGGCCAUGUGGACGGGCGGCCGCCGCCCGGGCCGGCUUCGCCGGGCGGCCUCUGCCGCAGACAUGGAGAAACUCAGCACGCUGCAGGAGCAGAAGGGCGAGCUGCGCAAGCGGCUGUCCUACACCACGCACAAGCUCGAGAAGCUCGAGACCGAGUUUGACUCCACGCGCCACUACCUGGAGAUCGAGCUGCGGCGCGCGCAGGAGGAGCUGGAGAAGGUCACGGAGAAGCUGCGCAGGAUCCAGAGCAACUACAUGGCGCUGCAGAGAAUCAACCAGGAGCUGGAGGACAAGCUGUACCGCAUGGGCCAGCAUUAUGAGGAAGAGAAGCGUGCACUGAGCCACGAGAUUGUCGCUCUCAACAGCCACCUGCUGGAGGCCAAGGUGACCAUUGACAAGCUGUCAGAGGACAAUGAGCUCUAUAGGAAGGACUGCAAUCUAGCGGCCCAGCUGCUGCAGUGCAGCCAGAUCUACGGCAGGGUCCUUAAGGUGUCCGAGCUGCCCUUGGACUUCCAGGAGCGUGUGAACCUGCACAUGGAGAAGCACGGCUGCAGCCUGUCCUCCCCGCUCUGCCACCCGGCCUAUGCCGACAGCGUGCCCACCUGCGUCAUCGCCAAGGUGCUGGAGAAGCCCGACCCCUCCAGCCUGUCGGAUGUCUCCGCCGGCGACCUGGCCUUCCGUGAGGGGGUGGAGAAGCCGGGCCCGCGGCCCCUGUACAAGGGCGACAUCUACUGCAGCGACACGGCCCUCUACUGCCCGGAGGAGCGGCGGCGGGACAGGCGGCCCAGCGUGGAUGCAUCUGUGAGCGACGUGGGCUUCCUUCCGGCGCAGAACUCCACCGACAGCGCGGCUGAGGAGGAGGAGGAGGCCGAGGCGGCGGCCUACCCGGCGGGCUACCAGCGCGAGGCCUUUGUCGGGUACGCGGCCUCGCUGCCCACGUCCAGCUCCUACUCCAGCUUCAGCGCCGCGUCCGAGGAGAAGGAGCACGCCCAGGCCAGCACGCUCACGGCGUCCCAGCAGGCCAUGUACCUGAGCGGCCGCGACGAGCUCUUCCGCCGAAAGCCGCCUGCCACCUACGAGGGCGGCCCUCACUUUGCCAAGGCCGCAGCCGCCGUGGCGGCCCCGCUGGAGCCCGGGAUGGCGUCGCGGUUCGGGAGGACCUUUGCACCGUACCAGGCCGAAACCUUCCGCUUCCCGGCCCCGCUGGACUCGCAGCCGCCCGUGAUGCCUCCGAAUCUGUGGAAUCUGCGGGCCAAGGCGGAGAAUGUCCGGCUCGCUAUGGCGGACAUGCGGGGCCAGUGGCGGCCCCUGAGCGUGGAGGACAUUGGCACCUACUCCUACCCGGCCAGAAACGCCAGCCGCCUGUCGCCCGGCGGCUUCUCUGAGCGCUACUACGGUGGGGGUGGGGGCAGCCCAGGUAAGGAUGCUGAGGGCCGCGCCAGUCCCCUGUACGCCAGCUACAAGGCUGACAGCUUCUCUGAGGGUGACGACCUUUCCCAGGGCCAACUGGCAGAUCCCUCCUUCCUGCGGGCGUGCGGCGAGCUGAGCCUCAGCCCCAGCCGCUCCGACGACCCACUGCCCAGCUAUGCGCCUAGCGAGGGGGACGGGUCCAGGCUCGGGGUGCAGCUGUGUGGGGGUGGCAGCAGCCCUGAGCCCGAUCAUGGCUCCAGGGACUCCCUGGAGCGCAGCUCGGUGGAGGCCUCCCCAGAGAUGCACCCUGCCGCCCGCCUCAGCCCCCAGCAGGCCUUCCCCCGCGCUGGCGGCUCCGGGCUGAGCCGCAAGGACAGCCUGACGAAAGCCCAGCUCUACGGAACCUUGCUCAACUGA